AUGCCUGGAGCACCCUCCUCCUCCUGGGGCCUGUACACGGCCAGGAUACAGUCACUUCUGCGGCACCCAGACAUGAAAGUAGUCGUUGCGUUCUGGCUAUUCGGCCUCAUCAACAACGUUCUCUACGUCAUCAUCCUUUCUGCCGCCCAAGAUCUCGUCGGAUCCGUUCCCAAGGGCGUCGUCCUUCUCGCGGACGUAUUGCCGUCGUUCCUCACAAAGCUGAUCGCACCAUACUUCAUCCAUCGAAUCCCGUAUAACAUCCGAGUCCUCGUCUUCAUCGCCCUCUCCGCGGUCGGCAUGCUCAUGGUCGCGCUCACACCGCCCUCCAAAUCCGUGGCUGUGAAAAUGGCCGGCGUGGUGCUGGCCAGCUUGAGCAGUGGGGGCGGUGCAGCAGGGCUUGUGGGUGCCGGCUUGUACGUGGUCCUCACCGAGUGGUGGGGGUUCAGCGUCAAGGACAGCCUCCUUUUCUCCGCCUGCUUACCCGUGGUGAUGUUUGUGAGCUUCUUUGUGAUCCUGCCGAGGGGACCGUUACGUGAUGCCACGAGGAGGAGGGAAUACGACGCCUUGCCCGACGACGACGACGACGAAAGUGCGACGCGUGCUCCGCCCGAAACUGCCCUGUUGAACCCCGAGCCAGGUGCCGUGACUGCAGCGUAUCCAGCCGGACGGCAUCCCGGGGAGGCGCAUUCGUUGACGGCCAACCUCAAGCGGGCCAGAGCCCUUGUCGUCCCUUAUAUGAUGCCGCUGUUUCUCGUCUACGUGGCCGAAUACACCAUCAAUCAAGGCGUGGCACCAACCCUCCUAUUCCCGGUGGAGGAGUCGCCUUUCCGCGAAUUCAGAGGCUUCUACCCAUUUUACGGGUUCCUCUACCAGCUCGGUGUCUUCAUAUCCAGAUCCUCGACUCCAUUUAUCCGGAUACUGUACUUCUUCAUACCCUCCGUCUACAUCGUCUUUGUGGUCAUCUUCUGGGAGGGCUUACUAGGCGGAGCGGUUUUGGGCGCUGCAACUGUGAGCGACAGCGGUGGCAUAUGCGUUGCUGCCUUGAUUGGCAUCGCUCUUGAGCCCCGGCUCUGCGCCUACCAAGUGGCCCAUGGGAGAGACUGGUGUCGACAGAUCAAAGCGUCGCAUUCAUAG